AUGAAGAAUAAAUACACCUCUGUUUCAGACUCUGAAGAGUCCUUAAAAACGCUCACUGAUGAAAAGGCAGACACCCAUUCUUCAGAUGGUACGCCUCCUCCGUAUUCAGCUUCAAACAAAUUUAUCGAUUUAGAAAUAGCUGACGGAUCCGCUCAGAAUUCCGCCCAAGAAUCUGCUAAUAAUACUAGGUCGGACUCUUCAGCGAACAAAGAAUGGUGGAAAAACUUUUUCGUAGGACUAAUGACUAUUAUACUCUUUUAUAAUGUUGUUUGUCUAGUCAUAAUUUUUGGUUACAAGGUUUCUCCGUAUUCAAUAGCUUUUUAUUGGCUUGCUGCCAUUUCUAUUGGAUCUAUUUUUAUUUUCCUAUUAACGAUUCUUGUAACGUAUCCAGGAUGGUACAGGGAAGCUGGAAGAGUUAUAAAGAAAUUCACACCUGCUGUGUGUAAAGCCCUAAUUAUACUGAUAAGUUUGAAUGGAGUCGGGGGUUAUGUUUUGAAAUUAUCAGGAGGCAUUGAAUAUAUACAUUCAGCCAUGGUGUUGGUUGUUUUGGCCGUAUUGAACAUAUGCUUGUUUGUUCUUCUCAUUCAUAACCCAGACAUUGUUGAAGACCAUGUGACUACACGUCUAAACAACAGAAUUAGAAGGAAUGGUCCACCUCGUAACGAAGAAACCGAACUUCAGCCUCUUGCUGAGCAAAGCUCUGAAGUUUGA